AGUGGGGACUCACUCUCUCACUGUUAACCGGCUAAGGUGCUGUAGCCUUUCUGUUCGUUUUUAAAACACCGCCAGCUCGUUUCAGCCGUUGUCGAGGCUUGCAAGACGGAAAUCAAUCGUACAUAGGGACUGUUUCGAAAUUGCAUCGCGAGGGACUACUGUAAGUUCCAGGAUGGAGAUCGAAAUCGAGAAUUUAGUGAAUUCCUUUAGGAAUCUUAGCUGCAACCAUCGUUACGUGCCUUCGGCGACGGAACAGAUAGAAAGUUUGGGAGCAUUUGGCAUAGGAUUGGUAAGUUUCGGAGCGGUGCUUUCAACCCUGACACUCUACUUCGCAGUGGACGCCUGCUACAAUGUUAUUCAACAAAAGGAGGCGAGAUUUUACAAAACCAACGCCAUUAUGAUCCUUCUGGUAUACCCGGUCGCCAGUGUCUGCAGUUUAACAGCGAUUGGAAUACCAAGGACCCAGUUGCUAUCGGAAGCCCUGACUCAAAUUUUCCUCACGAUAGCCCUGUACAGGCUUUAUCUGCUGCUCGUCUACGUCGGCUUCAAAAUCGUCACGAAUUCACCGCCGUUGAUGCUGAAAGUCGGCCCUUGUUGCUGCUGGCCCUGUCUGCCCUUUCCAAAUCUUCAAAUGACUGACACCAAUUUGUCCUGGCUGCGGUUGGUAGUCCUGCAACUUCCUAUUAUCCAGGGAUUGAUCUACUGCAUAUUCCUCUUCAUGUCCAUCGAGGAGCCAAGCCUGAUAACCCAAUACAGUGUCUGUUUCCAACCACUCACCGUAGCGAGUAUACUUGUCGGAAUAUACGGGUUGACGAUAACCAUGAAGAGUCUUCACGAAGUCGCUCCAGAGGCAAAACUCCAUCGAAACACCGCCGUUUCCCAGAUGGUACUGCUGUUUUCCAAGCUGCAGGCGUUCAUCGUUAAGAGUCUACCUCGGACCGGACUGUUCCCGUGCAAUCCGCCAAUUACACCGGAAAUCUAUGCCAAUGUUACCCAAAACGCGCUGAUGUUAAUCGAGAUGCUGUUGCUCUGCUACGCGGCCAGGUACGUUUAUUACGUGGACGUGGACAAGGAGGAAGAGCCGAGCGAGGCGACAGAUCGGUCGAAAGACAAGACUACGGAGCAAGUGAACCCGACGAAUAACAACGAGGCUAACAAACAAAUUUCAACGUUCACCGCGUGAGAUCUACUCUCCAUUUUCGACUACCCUAAAAGAUAUCAUUUUUUUUUAAACAAAUACUAGAGACCUAGUGAGCUACAUUUCCUGAGCCAUCGAUCGCGCUUGUGUAGAUACUUGUACCUAUAAACAUUAAGAAACAUUGCAAAAUUUUAUUUUGCAACUUUAAUAUAGUGUUCACGAGUGAAUGAGAUGAAUGAAGUGAGAAUUAAUUGAGAAACUUUUACUCGAAACGAGUACAUUUUGAUAUGGUGCACCCUUUGAGGGUUUGUUAAUGAAUAAAGUGUUGUUAAGGAUGUAAUUAUGCAAUCUAUAGAUCCAAUUAAAAAAAACCCUGUAAUUUUUAAAGAAAAUUGCAAGAAACUAAAAUUAGUGGAGAAAAUGGUACGAAUAUGAAAUAUGGGAUAUCAAGUAUUAUGAUAAGUAAAAUAAAAAAGUAACACCGUCUCCUGUUA